AUGGACUUACCUUUGACAAUUAUAGAAAUUUAUCAAUAUGUGGAGAUGGAUUAAUCAAAAAAUAAGAAGUAGAAUGCGAUAGUCUAUUAGAAUAUAAUGUUAAUAAUUGAAAAAUUAACAAUAAAUUUUUUCUUAGUCAAAGUUAUUAUAUAUGUAAGACUUGUUGAUAAUAAUGAAAAGAUUGUAUUUGUAUAAAUAAAUUGGAUCUCAUAAGUUCUAAGUUAUUAGAAUCAAUUCCUGAAUAUUGCACUGAUAGAAAUUUAGAAAUUGGCGUUGAUUAUGAUUGUGACUUUGAAUGCAGAUUGA